AUGCCACCUCCUCUCACGAAGCCCAAGCCCAUGACACCGCCCGCGCCCAAGACGGCGCCCAAGCCGCCCGUGAUGCCGCCGCCCAAGACGCCUUCCAAGCCCGUGAUCCCGCCUCCGAAGACGCCCUCCAAGCCCGUGCUGCCACCGCCCUCCAAGGCGCUCGUGCCGCCUGCGCCAAUGCCGAUGGCGAUGCCGCCGGUGCCGUGGGAGGGGCCGGGGUACGAGUCCCGGCCGAUCCCGGAGCAGGUACAGAAAGUCUGCCGGCUGACGCUCUUCCCGGACCUCUGCGGGCGGGUCCUCUCCUUCGCCGUGGACCCGCAGCGCGCCAACGACACGCGGCGGCUGGCCGAGGCCGCGGCGCGCGCCGCCAUCUCGGCGGGCACCACGCUGGUGGCGUUCGGGUACGUGAACGCGGCGGGGGCCAAGAACGGCACCAGGCUCCGGAUGUGCGUCCGCGACUGCACCGUGCUCGUCGACCUGUCGGUCAAGAACCUGACGGCGUCCGUGGCGGCGCUCAAGCGCGGGCAGAAGGCCGAGGCGGCCAAGAUGGCCGGCGACGCCGCCAAAGGGUUCGGCAUCUGCUGGGGAAGCUGCGCCAAGUUCACGGGGGAGGCCAUGGUCGUCAUCACCAAGCGCGCCAAGGAGCUCGAGAGGCUCAUCAUGAUCGUCGGCAGCAUCAUUCUCAUGAUCAUAUGA